AUGGCGCUCAUUAUGGAACCUGUCAGUAAAUGGACGCCGAAUCAAGUGGUGGAUUGGAUGAAAGGCCUUGAUGACUGCCUGCAACAAUAUAUCAAGAAUUUUGAGAGGGAAAAGAUUGGUGGAGACCAGUUACUACGUAUUACUCAUCAAGAACUGGAAGAUCUGGGAGUUACUCGAAUUGGUCAUCAAGAGCUUAUCCUGGAAGCAGUUGACUUACUCUGUGCAUUGAAUUACGGAUUAGAAACUGAGAACCUAAAAACACUUUCUCAUAAACUAAAUGCAUCUGCCAAAAACCUUCAGAACUUUAUCACAGGAAGAAGGAGGAGCGGUCAUUAUGAUGGUAGGAGUAGCAGAAAAUUACCAAAUGAUUUCCUUACCUCAGUGGUGGAUUUGAUUGGAGCAGCAAAAAGUCUUCUAGCAUGGCUGGACAGAUCACCUUUUGCUGCUGUAACAGAUUAUUCUGUCACAAGAAACAAUGUCAUACAACUCUGCCUUGAAUUAACAACAAUUGUACAACAGGACUGCACAGUACAUGAAACAGAGAACAAAAUUUUGCAUGUGUGUAAGACUCUAUCUAGUGUCUGUGAUCAUAUAAUUUCACUUUCAUCUGAUCCCCUCGUGUCUCAAUCUGCUCACCUGGAAGUGAUUCAGCUAGCAAACAUCAAGCCAAGUGAAGGGCUGGGCAUGUACAUUAAAUCUACAUAUGAUGGUCUCCAUGUAAUUACUGGAACAACAGAAAAUUCACCUGCAGAUCGAUGUAAGAAAAUCCAUGCUGGAGAUGAAGUGAUUCAAGUUAAUCAUCAAACUGUGGUGGGGUGGCAGUUGAAAAAUUUGGUGAAUGCACUACGAGAGGAUCCGAGUGGUGUUAUCUUAACUUUGAAAAAGCGACCUCAGAGCAUGCUUACCUCAGCACCAGCUUUACUGAAAAAUAUGAGAUGGAAGCCCCUUGCUCUGCAGCCACUUGUAUCUAGAAGUCCUACAAGCAGCGUGGCAACACCUUCCAGUACUGUCAGCACACCUACUAAAAGAGACAGCUCAGCCCUCCAGGACCUCUACAUACCACCACCUCCAGCAGAGCCUUAUGUUCCCAGAGAUGAGAAGGGGAACCUUCCAUGUGAUGAUACUGGAAGACACCUAGUGGGAAAGCCAGUACAUAAAGGAUCUGAAUCUCCAAAUUCAUUUCUCGACCAAGAGUAUCGAAAGUGUUUUAAUGUUGUUGAAGAAGAUGCCAUAUUGUAUUGUUAUGAAUAUGAAAAAGGAAGAACAAGUAGUUCUGGAAGAAGAGAAAGCACACCAACAUAUGGGAAAUUAAGGCCUAUAUCUAUGCCGGUAGAAUAUAACUGGGUAGGGGAUUAUGAAGAACCUAGUAAAACAAAAAGAGACAGCAGGAGAGAAAAUUCACUUCUUCGAUAUAUGAGUAAUGAGAAAAUAACUCAAGAAGAUUAUAUGUUCCAAAGGAAUAGCAAAAAGGACACAGGGAAAAAAACUAAAAAGAAAGACAAGAAUAACAGUCCUAGUCAUUAUUCUCUAUUACCUAGUUUACAAAUGGAAUCAUUAAGGCAAGACAGUGUGAGCACACCUGGACCUGAACCAACUUUGUACCAUACAUUUCAACAAUCCUCUCUUCAGCAUAAGUCUAAAAAGAAAAAUAAAGGUCUAGCACCUAGUAAGAGUAAGCGACGGAUUUCUUGUAAAGAUCUAGGUCGUGGAGAUUGUGAAGGCUGGCUGUGGAAAAAGAAAGAUGCUAAAAGUUACUUUUCACAAAAAUGGAAAAAAUACUGGUUUGUUCUAAAGGAAACCUCCCUGUACUGGUAUAUUAAUGAAGAGGAUGAAAAAGCAGAAGGAUUCAUCAGUCUACCAGAAUUUAAAAUUGAUAGAGCUAAUGAAUGUCGCAAGAAGUAUGCAUUCAAGGCCUGUCAUCCCAAAAUCAAAAGCUUUUACUUUGCUGCUGAACAUCAAGAUGACUUGAACAGGUGGUUGAACAGAAUUAAUAUGCUUGCUGCUGGAUAUGCAGAAAGGGAAAGGAUCAAACAAGAACAAGAUUAUUGGAGUGAAAGUGAUAAGGAAGAAGUAGAUACACCUUCAACACCUAAACAAGACAGUCCACCUCCACCAUAUGACACAUAUCCACGACCUCCUUCAAUGAGUUGUGCAAGCCCUUUUGUGGAACCAAAACACAGUCGACUGUCAUCUACUGAAACUUCCCAGUCCCAAUCUUCACAUGAAGAGUUCCGUCAGGAACUGGUGGGGAGUACUACUGAAUCUCCCAUUCGUAAAACAGCAAGCCAGCGACGGUCUUGGCAGGAUUUAAUAGAAACACCACUGACAAGUUCAGGGUUACAUUACCUUCAGACUCUGCCCCUUGAGGAUUCAGUGUUUUCUGAUUCUGCUGUUAUCUCUCCAGAACACAGGCGACAAUCAACUCUUCCUACCCAGAAAUGUCAUCUACAGGAUCACUAUGGGCCUUUUCCUUUAGAGGGUGAACAAAUACAAGUUUUAAAUGGGAAUGGAGGAAAGCCUCGUAGUUACACUCUGCCGCGGGAUGGUGGGUUCAACCAUUGCUGCCAUAUACUUUCUGUCAGUGGUUCAAGCCAUCAAGAAGUGCCACAAAAAGAGCAAGAAGAAGAGAAACGAGGAGGAAAAAUUGAAGAAGAAAAUCAAGUAGAUGAAAAUUUGGGUGACAAAUCUGAAAUUUUAGAAGACAAACCUGCAGAUUCAUUGCAAGAUUUGUACCGAUCUUUGGAACUAGCUAGUUUGUCCCCUCUAGGAGAUCGGCAAAUUUCUACCAAAAUGGAAUACAAGAAAUCUUUCAUUAAAAGAUGCUGUGACCCAAUAAUCAAUGAAAAAUUGCACCAAUUGCGAAUUCUGAAAAGCACUUUAAAGGCCAGAGAAGAAGAAGUAGCUAUGAUAGAUGAGGUUCUAGAUAAUCCAGAUUUGACAUCUAAAGAUUUUCAAGACUGGAAACAAAUGUACCUUGAUCUCUUCCUCGAUAGUUCUCAGAACAAUGCAGCACAAGAGCCAGUAAAUGAUUCUGAUGACGUUGAUGUGUUUCUAGGUUCUUUAGCACACACCCAUUCCUAUAUUGAAACACAUGUAUAA